AUGGCUGAGAAACCAAAGCGUCCUCUAUCGGCUUAUAUGCUGUGGCUGAAUUCGGCCCGUGAACAGAUCAAAAAGGAAAAUCCUGGAAUUAAGGUCACAGAGAUCGCCAAGAAGGGUGGUGAGCUGUGGCGCGGAAUGAAGGACAAGAGCGAAUGGGAGUACAAGGCAGCCAAGAUGAAGGAUGAGUACAACAAACAGAUGCAAGAUUUCGAGCGAAACGGUGGCAGCAAGGACGCCGGAACCAAGAAAAAGAAAGGUGCAAAGAAAGUUGCCAAAAAGAGCAAAAAGAAGGAUUCGGAGGAUGAAGAUGACGAGUCUGGAGAUGAGAGCGACUGAACUAAUCACUAACCUUAAAAUAAUUAUUUUUAAUUUAUUGUGUAAAUGUUCGGGGCCUUACUUCAACUACAAAUCACCGCAUCUCUCUCUGUCUUUUACACACGAAAACA